AAAGCAGAUGUUUAUAGCUAUGUGAAAGAAUCUGCUGUUGUCCUCUUUUAUCUUGGUUGUGAGAAAGAGGUAACUGAAGACCUAAUCUUACAGUAACAGUGGAUUAACCUACACUGCUGGGAUCCUUAUCAACCUUAUAAAAUCCAUUAUCCUGGAUUGAUUGGACAUGCUGGGAGAGAGCUUCAUACAUCUUUUAAAGUACAGACAGGAGGACGUGCAUUCACCAGAUAUUACCAGGGCAUCGUUCACUCCCCCUACAAACAGCAGGCAAGAUCCCUAUAGUCUCUCCCAGGUGAAAGACAUACCACUGCCUGUCAAGCCAGCAUUGUCAGAUGUGAAGCAUGUGGAGAAACGGUCAGGAUACAUAGCUCCUAAGCCCAGUCCUGACCUGUACCUCUCUAAGCCCUGUGUAAGUCUGAGUCAAAGUCUAGAGCCCAGCAAUGCCUUGUAUGAGAAAUGCCAGACCAACCCCCUGCAACUGAGCAGCCUCUCCGACAGCAAAGAGUUUCACAUUGACUCUGUGGAUCAGCAAGAAUGGCACACAUCAAAUGUGGAUGACUCAAGCCCCAAACAGCUUAGGUUCAUUCCUCAGCAGGCUGAUGUCCCUGAUGAUGGCUACCUGGUCAUGGACAGCAGCAUCAUGCUGAAUGGAGAGCCGCCAACAAACUCCAUGAUCAAUGGUUACCUGGACAGAAAGCUCCAAGAAGUGUACAGCCAGUACUUACAGGAGAGGCUGGCGUGCCCCGGGUCUUCUCCAGGUUGCAGCCUGCUUCCGCUCCUUCCCCAACCCAGCCUCCCUCAGCUCAGUCAACAGGCAUACCUGGACUCAAGCCUAGACAUCGAGGCCAGACCAAACCAAAUGACCCACAACGUCACCACCAGCCAGGGGCACCACAGCCAGCGGGUCAGCUCGGCCUUCAGUUCUCCAGUGCUACGCAUUUCCAAUGUAGAACAGCCUAAAAGACCUGGGCACUGUGACAGUGUUGUGAAUGUUUAAAGUUAGUAAUGUCUACAGUGACUUUCAAUGACAAAAAAUUGUAUUUAAACUGAAACAAAUAAAAUAGUAUACAAUGUGUAAGUAAAUUACUACAGAACAGUUGUCAGUUUUAUAAUCGUUUCUCCAUAUCAACAUAUUAUUGUCAUUUAUUAUCUUUUUGGUAAUAUUUUUAAGUUCCCUUAAUUGACAUUAUUAACUGCUAACAAACUAUGAACAUAUUAGUAUAUGUAUACAGUAUUAACAAACUAGAGGAAAACAUGGUUAAAACAUCUUGUUGUUAUUAAUGUUUUUCCACUCCCCUUGAUGCAUAGUUAUGCAAUCAAAACUCAGGUGACAUUGUAAAGGUGGCCAAAAGUCACAAUGGAAGAUAUGGAAGUUUUUUAAUUGGUGUGAUAUGAUGAAUUGUGCUUAACUGGAACAGGAACAAGAUCAAUUAACAUAAUAAAAAGGUACAUUUUCACUGAGAGGUUGUAUGAACUAAAUACAAUUUCAACUAAGUAAUAA